AUGACUAGCAGAGCGAAGAUUUCCAAGAGCCGGAAUGGUUGUGGCGAAUGUAAACGAAAGCGGAUGAAGUGCGAUGAACACCUCCCCUCAUGCUGGAACUGCGCUCAUCGAAAGGUCGAAUGUCCGGGAUAUACGCGUGAGCUCAAAUGGUCGACCAAGUACGAGAAGUUCAAGACUCCUAGGCCGAGGACCAAGUCGGCAGCAGCAGCGGAGCGAACAUCAUCGCUGUUACGCCAACAAUUCCAGGAAGUAAUUCAAGCAAUAGGCAGUCGGCGGGCCACCCUGGGCUCACUGUCCGACGAAGAGAGUCCAGGCGCUCGCAACGCACAUGAGUGUUAUCUGGGCCCAAGCACACUGUCGGAUGAUGAAGCUCUUGUCAAGACUCCAUGGGUCGAGCGACGACCGUCAUCCAGCUCUAGUCGUGCCGAUACCAACCCACAAGACGCUGGGGCAGAGGAUGCACUCUUAAAUUGUAGCAGCGGCUAUGACCAGCAUUCAAUUGCUUUGCAUUCACCAAUUCAACAUGACAUGCCCGAAUCUCAGCUGUGUGAGCCAAGCCAAGCACAUGCCACCAGUAGGCAAGGGGACCGUCAACUGGCUGACGAUCAAGACGUUAUGCAGGACUCAGACUACGACGACGACGACGAGGAAGCGUUUCGAUCUCCGUCAUUCGAGAGCGCUUUGGUCUCUUCGCCUGGCUUGCAGCAAUAUCUCUCCUUGUGGAACGAUUUUGUGCCAAGCAGUGAAGAUCGAGCAGUCGACAGACUCUUUCCACACUACUUCGAAACCGUCUGCAGAGUGAUGAGCUGCUUCGACUCUACCCAGAAUCCUUAUCGCACAGAUAUUCCAGACGCCCUUCACAGCUCGCCAUAUGUUUUCAAUUGUAUGAUGGGCAUGGCUGCUGCGCAUAUGGCAAACUAUGACAAGGAGAUGGCGUUGACGGCAAUCUCAUAUCAGACGGAAGCUAUGGAGAGCCUACAACUCCAAAUGAGCGGUCUUCUCCCAUUCGAUAGCGUCAAUGGAGGAGCGACGACUUAUCAAACUCUACUCGGCACCAUCAUGUUGGGAAUGACAUCGGCUUGGCAUGAUCCGUCUGCAAAUGGCAUGUCACACCUCCGUGGUGCUCGCCUUCUUUUCAGAGCAUGGUGCCAGGAGCAACAGAUUUGCGAUCACAAUGGCCGCGUGAAAGUCCUGACCAGGGAACAGAACUUCAUAGUGGGCUCCAUGGCGUACUGGGAGUGUCUCGCCUCCUUCAUUUGCGACCAACCCGUGGGAGCGAUUCACUAUCUCCUGCCUUUUUGUACCUUGGCCGAAGGGCAGAUCGUCUAUCCGCAUUCCUGGACUGGAGUCUCCACGCCCAUGUUCAUCUUGACAGCGCAAGUCGGGGUUUUAUUGCGCCAGAAACGAGUGCUAGAGAAGCUCGCCCUGAUCAGACGCGGCGCCGAAGCAAAGGACAAUCUUGAUCUGGAGCUGAUCCAAGAUGCCAGCGAUCUCCACGACAAAAUCACAGAAUACGAGCUUCCUCCCAUGGCUUCCAUCGAAGACACCGGCGAUCCCAAUACCCCAAUCAGCCAUCUCUGCGAAGUCACGAAUGUGUAUCGCUUCACAGCCUUGCUGGAACUUUACCGCGCCUUCCCAUUGCUCGCACAGCAACCCGACCCCGACAACAUCACGAUGAACCCUAUGAAGGUCCAAAGCGACGCGGAUGACCUAGCCUUCGACCUCGCAACCAGCAUCAUCACAAUCAUAUCCGACAUGCCUCGAUCCUCCGGCGUCUACACAGUCCUCUGCAUUCCUCUCAUCAGCGCCGGUUCCGCCUUGCAAGCAUACCAAGCUCCCUCGAAAGGCGACCUGACACGCAUGAGACGCUCGCGCUCGAACGUAGAUUCAUGGCGCGAAAACUCUCGACAGCAGAUUUUGCAUACUUCGCGACAGAUUGGGUUGGCCCCUUUUAAGCGUUUGGCUAAGUUGGUGCAGGAAGUCUGGACGCGUGCAGAUAUGCUGGCGGAUAUGGCUGCCGAUCCGGAAUAUCCUGUGCACUGGAUCGAUGUGAUGAUGGAGAUGCACUUGGAGACGCUUUUUGGGUGA